CCGCCGUGCAGUGCAAUGGCGCGGAACAUGAACAGACUGCCUUUGCACCGCCACAGUCCAGCUGCUUCCGUGCCUCCUGCCCCCUCUCUGCGAUUCGGGGUUCUGUCUCCUGGUCGUCCGCCCGGAAGCAGUGGGGCUGAUCGGUGCCGAGCCACAGGGGGGCUGCUGGCAGGCCUGGCCCCUCUGGCUUCGCUCUGCGGUGGCCGCUCCCGGCCCGGAGCGUCUAGCGAGCUCCGUCUCUUGCAGCGCUGGCCUGCCUGAACGGGGGCACCUUUGAUGGGGUGAAAUGCAUUUGUCCCCCUGCUUACUUCGGGCCCCGCUGCGAAGAAUGCGUGGACGCCGGCCUCUGCGGCACUGCCACCCCAACAGCAAGUCCAGCGCCACCCACCGCCACCGCCAUGGCCACCACCGCCACGGCCAGCACCGCCACGGCCACCACCGCCACAGGCAUCUGCCAGAACGGGGGCACGUGGCUCGGAGAAGUCUGCCGCUGUACCCACUACUUCUGGGGCCCCAGAUGCGAGUUUGUCGUGAACGUCAUCGAGGUCAACACAGCCGUGAGCGCGUGGAUUGACGUGACCGUUACCGUCACCAACCGCAGAUUCGUGGCAGCGCUGGCUGACCCUUCCACGGAGGAGUAUCGGGACUUUGCCAGGGAGUUCACGCAGCAGGUGGGAGCGAUUUACCGGAAAGUGCCGGAGUACCACAACACGACCGUGGGGCAGCUCCGCGCUGUGCCUCGACGCCUCGUCCAUCCGGUCCUCCGAAGGGGGCAUCGCGGUCGACAGCGAGGAGAUCUGCGAGCAGGCCGUCCCCGCCGGCUUCGGCCCCCACUUCUCCGGCCGCCCCACCGAGGCCGGGUACGAGUGCGUCACGCGGUGUGCGCAGGGCCGCUGGGAUUCGCCGCUGUGCCGGCACGGCCAGUGCCAGGUCCCCAUCUCGGGGCCGCAGUGCUACUGCCCCAGCACCGAGGCCUCCUGGUUCCUGGGGGAUGACUGCAGUGUGCACAUCAGCAAGGUGGGCCUGAGCAUCGGCCUCCCGCUCAGCAUCACGGCUGCUCUGGCCGUGGCCCUGGCCGUGGUGCAGCUCCGGAAAUGACCGCCCGCCCGCUGUUCCCCGAGGACGUCCCGGAAAGGAGGCUCAGCAGAAACGGGGAAGGAGCGUUCUGUGCACACCGGGACCCAGCACGGGCACCCUCGCAACCCUGUUCCCCAGCCGCUGGCUAUCGGAGCCUGUGCUAUUGGAGGGGCACGCGGCCCUGAGGACUAGGAGCGUGGGCAGCAAGAACUCGACCAACCCCCUUCGAAUUCAUGGUUGCAACUAAACCAGGUCCCCCCUACUGGGGAAGGGUCUUCUGGAGUCCUGGAAGCCGCACUCGGACUGCCAGGCGGGGAGGAGGCCAAGCCAGCCCUCCUCAGCCCAGGACGCCCCCCCCACCAGUCCGGUGGCCACACAGGGACCAGAUGUGCCGGCGGCCCUCGGCACUUCCCUGCACAGACCUGUGCCUGCUGGGGGGGGGGGCCCGGCAACAUGCCCUCCCAGCGCUGCCCACUCUUGCCUUGCGGCUCUCGGAAGGGGGGCCCGCGAGCCCCGGGGCCGCCCACCCCUUGACGGGGCCCCUUCCAGCGCGGACGCAGACAUGGGCCCCUGCUGUGGGAGGGCUUUGCCUGGGCCUUGCUCUGCCUGCGUAGUGCCUCGGGCUUCAGCUCCGUGCCAAGAAUAAAGGCGAGGAUACCUCUGA